AAUAAUAUUCAAAAGUUUAUAAUAUAUAUUCUAUGUUUUAUUUUCUUCCCAUUUUUGGUUCUUCAAUUUUGUAGUAGGAAAAGGGAAAAAAAAAGAAAAGAAAUGCACCACUACUUCAAUUCCUAGCUUGAUUCUCACUUGUGAAUAAUUUUAAUCAGAAUGGAGUCAUCAAGGAGUUGGUUUAAGAUAUUUAAGCAAGGGAGUAGUAAUUCAAAAAAGAAAGAAGCUGCAGCAGAGAGUGUAAAGAAGAAUAAUAAUGGUGGUGUUGGUGUUGUUAAUAGUGGUGGUAAGCCACCAAUUAAUGAUGCACCUUCACAUGCUACAAAGCAGAAAGUGGAUGCAGCUAAACAGUAUAUUGAGAAUCAUUAUAAAGCUCAGAUGAAGAAUUUACAGGACAGGAAAGAGAGGAGAUGGAUGUUGGAGAGGAAGCUUGCAGAUGCGGAUGUUUCUCGGGAAGAACAGAUGAAUAUACUGAAGAAGUUUGAGGAGAAGGAAACUGAGUAUAUGCGUCGUCAAAGACAUAAGAUGGGGGUUGAUGAUUUUGAACUUUUGACCAUCAUUGGCAGGGGUGCAUUUGGGGAGGUGAGACUUUGCAGAGAAAAAACUACUGGCAAUGUGUAUGCAAUGAAAAAGCUCAAGAAAUCCGAGAUGCUUCGUAGAGGACAGGUGGAACAUGUUAAAGCCGAAAGGAAUCUCCUUGCCGAGGUUGACAGUACUUGUAUCGUCAAGCUCUACUGUUCCUUUCAAGAUGAUGAAUAUUUGUAUCUUAUCAUGGAAUAUCUCCCUGGAGGUGACAUGAUGACAUUGCUGAUGCGCAAGGAUACCUUAACUGAGGACGAGGCCAGGUUUUAUGUUGGGCAGACAGUUCUUGCAAUUGAGUCUAUUCACAAGCACAACUACAUCCACAGGGAUAUUAAACCUGAUAAUUUGUUGCUCGACAAAAAUGGCCAUAUGAAGCUUUCAGAUUUUGGGCUGUGUAAGCCCUUAGACAGCAGUAGCUUUCCAAAUUUUAGGGAGGAUGAUUAUGCAGGUGGAAGGAACUUGAAACCUUCAGCAGAGGGCAAUAAACCUCCUACGCCAAGGCGGACACAGCAGGAACAGCUUGUUCACUGGCAGAAGAAUAGGCGAACAUUGGCAUAUUCAACGGUUGGCACUCCAGACUACAUUGCCCCAGAAGUAUUAUUGAAGAAAGGCUAUGGAAUGGAGUGUGAUUGGUGGUCUCUUGGGGCAAUUAUGUAUGAAAUGCUUGUGGGAUAUCCACCUUUCUAUUCUGAAGAACCUAUGUCAACAUGUAGAAAGAUUGUCAAUUGGAGAAAUCACUUAAAAUUCCCUGAAGAAGCUAAGCUGUCUGUUGAGGCUAAAGACCUUAUCCGAAAACUUCUAUGCAAUGUAGAACAGAGGCUUGGGACCAAAGGAGCUCAUGAAAUAAAAUUACACACAUGGUUUAAAGGCACCGAAUGGGACAGAUUAUAUCAGGUAGAAGCUGCUUUUAAACCAGAGGUCAAAGAUGAGUUAGAUACGCAGAAUUUUGAAAAGUUUGAAGAGCUGGGGACUUCUCUGCAAUCUUCAUCAAAAUCUGGUCCGUGGAGAAAGAUGCUUCCAUCAAAGGAUGUGAACUUUGUUGGUUACACUUACAAGAAUUACGAGAUUGUCAAUAAUGAUCAUGAUAUGCCAUCCGUCGAGUUGAGGAAAAAGAGUACUGCACCAAAGAGACCAACUAUCAAGUCAUUAUUUGAAAUACCUGAUUCUUCUGACCAGCAUGCUCAAGGAAGCUUUCUAAACCUCUUACCCACCCAAGUCGAGGUAUCGGAAAGCCCUGAAUUAUCUCCGCGGUCCACUCGAACUUCACAACACCAUCACAACCACAAGCCUAUAAGAAGAUAGUAGAAGAGUACACACAUGAGCCGUGAUUUUUUAUAGUUGCUGCAAUUGAUUUGGAGGGUUUUCAUUUCUUGUAAUGCAAAUCAGGAAGAAGAAAAUGUUAAUGCAAUAUAUGUAUGUUGUAUCUAGCGUUGAUGCGCCAAGUAGAAGAAAUGAUUUCUUGUAUAGUCAACUAGAUAAAAGAAAGAUUAGGGCAAAGUAACUUGUAGUCUUAUCAGCUUCUUAUUCUCAAAUUCUUUCCUUCAAGGUAUAGUUCAUGGCCUCAGCCUGUGUUGACUAUCGAAUCCACUUCUACUGUAGAAUAACAGAAGCAAAUUCUUACUAUCA